AUUGCAAUUAACCCCAAAUUGUUUUAUUGUGGUAGGACACGUUACUUUUGCAGGAAGUAAAACAAGUAACGACGUAGAAGUAACACCAAGGAAUCGUUGAACAUAAGAAAGUAUCUGAAAUUGUACAAAGUACAAUACUGUAUCAUAUUUUUCAAACAUUGGGCACAUUUUCGCUCAUGGCAGCUACAUUGGAUUUCAGGACCCACGUGGACCAGUCUUGCAGAUAUUCGGAGGAAUUCGUCAACAUUUACUAUGACUGCGUGGAUAAAAAGCGAAGGAACCUCACCAGACUCUACCUGGAUAAGGCAACCUUGGUGUGGAAUGGAAACACCGUAUCUGGACUAGAUGCCCUGGGCGAGUUUUUUGAGGCACUGCCUUCUAGCGAGUUCCAAGUUCAUACAUUGGAUUGUCAACCAGUUCACGAUCUAGCAACCCAAGGCCAAAUGACUCUGCUGGUGGUGACCGGCGGAACGGUCAAGUUUGAGGGGAACAAGCAGCGUUUCUUCAACCAAAACUUCCUUUUAACGGCGCAGGCAUCACCCAACAACGAGCAGCCCGUGUGGAAGAUUGCCAGUGACUGUUUCCGUUUUCAAGACUGGAAUAGUUGAGGGUCCUCAUCUAAAC